AUGAGGAAGCUCACCUGUGGACCAGCAGAUCUAGAUGUCAUUUCGAUCACUGGUAUGCCGGGUUCGAGUAAAACUACUUUGGCGUACAAAGUAUACAAUGACAAGUCAGUUUCUAGUCAUUUCGACCUUCGUGCAUGGUGCACAGUUGACCAAGAACAUGACGAGAAGAAGUUGUUGGGUACAAUUUUUAAUCAAGUUAGUAAUUCGAAUUCAAAAUUGAGUGAGAAUCUUGAUGUUGCAGAUAAGCUACGGAGACAACUGUAUGGAAAGAGGUUUCUUAUUGUCUUAGAUGACGUGUGGGUUACUACUACAUGGGAUGAGUUAACAAGACCUUUUCCAGAAGUUAAGAAAGGAAGUAGAAUCAUUUUGACGACUCGAGAACAGGAAGUGACUUUGCAUGGAAAAGUAUACACUGAUCCUCUUAACCUUCGAUUGCUAAAACCCGAAGAAACUUGGGAGUUAUUAGAGAAAAGGGCAUUUGGAAAUGAGAGUUUCCCUAAUGAACUAUUGGAUGUUGGUAAAGUAAUAGCCCAUAAUUGUAAAGGGCUUCCUUUGGUGGUGGAUCUGAUUUCUGGAGUCAUUGUUGGGAGGGAAAGAAAAAGACUUGAAGUAGAAGUGAUGAAGGUUAUAGAAUUAAGUUAUGUCCAUUUACUACAUCAAGGAAAGCCAUGCUUUCUUUACCUUGCAAGUUUUCCAAAGGACAGACCUAUAAUAAUCUCUGAGUUAAUAGAUGUAUGGCGUGCUGAAGGACUUGUGGAACAGACAGAGAAAAUGAGUGUGGAAGAGGUGAUGAAGGUUUAUUUGGAUAACUUAAUUUACAGUAGCUUGUUAACUUUUUUCAAUGAGAUGGGUGAUUACCCUACUUGCCAACUUCAUGAUCUUGUGCAUGACUUUUGUUUGAUAAAAGCAAGAAAGGAAAAGUUGUUUGACAAGAUAAGUUCAAGUUCUCCAUCUUCUUCUUCAGAUUUGAUGCCACGUAUAGUGAACAUUCAUUACAACAGAAAGUUCUUUGGGCUUAACAAUUUUCUCCUGUUUGGUUCAAAUGAGAAAGGCCUUUCUGGUAAACACAUGUAUUCUUUGGGGAUAAUUGGAGACCAUCGUUUUGAUACAUUUCACCUAAGACACUUGAGGCUUCUUAGAGCGUUGUACCUGGAUCCCUCUUUUAUCAUGGUGAAAGAUUCUUUGCUGAAUGAAAUAUGCAUGUUGAAUCAUUUGAGGUACUUAAGAAUUGGGACAGAAGUUAUUGUCUUUCUCAAGCCUCUGGAAUCUAGAAAUCCUGUGGGUGGAUAA